CACACCCUGUACAGCAUUUUCUGGCAACCUCCGCUGUACCAUCGUGCUGGUAUUCAACAGGAGACAAGUGAUGAGUACGGUCGAAAACUUCACUGUACUAUUUCGCAUCUUGCUUUCUUCACUCAACUUAAGACAUGUAAUUAAAACACACAUUCUAAAUGGGAUGCGCUUAGGUUAGCCUCCUCCAGUGGAACCGAAGAUGACAAGCUGUUUUAUUCUAAGUUCAAAGGAUUUUUCUGACGAAUUGCGCUGAGGAGAGGUGCAUUGCGCGGAGCCGCAGAGAGACUGUAGGCCUAUGUUUCUCUAAACAUUUCAAGGACAGACAAAAAAUAAGAUUUUUACGGUGGCAAGUGGACAUUUAAGUUAGAAUGGCAGCAACAGCGCUCAAUGGAUCGAAUAUAACUGUGGGUAACUUGAAUCAGUUUGUUCAGCCACCGUGGCGUAUCGCCCUGUGGUCUGUUGCGUACAGCUUUGUGUUGGCUGUGGCGGUGUUCGGAAACGUUAUUGUUAUAUGGAUAAUUCUCGCCCACAAGCGAAUGCGGACAGUAACCAACUAUUUUCUUUUGAACUUGGCGUUUUCAGACGCAUCUAUGGCUGCCUUCAACACUUUAAUUAAUUUCAUAUACGCUUCACACGGAGACUGGUACUUUGGAGAAGCAUAUUGCAGGUUUCACAACUUUUUCCCUGUCACCUCUGUUUUUGCAAGCAUUUAUUCGAUGACCGCAAUUGCCGUUGAUAGGUACAUGGCUAUCAUCCAUCCCCUGAAGCCCCGUCUGUCUGCCACAGUUACUAAGGUGAUGAUCCUGUGUAUCUGGGCUAUGGCUGUGGUGCUGGCUUUCCCCCUCUGCUUCUACUCCUCCAUUCGUGUCCUUCCCAAGCGGACCAUCUGCUUCGUAGUCUGGCCCCGCAGAGAAUAUGACUCGUUCAUGUAUCAUAUCAUUGUGAUGGUGUUGGUCUACCUGUUGCCCCUGUUAGUAAUGGGCAUCACCUACACCAUCAUGGGCUUGACACUGUGGGGAGGCGAGAUCCCAGGGAAUUCUUCAGACAAUUACCAUGGCCAGCUCCAGGCUAAGAGGAAGGUGGUUAAGAUGAUGAUCAUCGUGGUGGUGACCUUCGCUCUCUGCUGGCUGCCGUACCAUGUUUACUUCAUCGUGACCGGCCUCAUCAAGGCCCUGAAUAAGUGGAAGUCCAUCCAGCAGGUCUACCUGUCGGUGAUGUGGUUGGCCAUGAGUUCCACUAUGUACAACCCCAUCAUCUACUGUUGCCUUAACAGCAGGUUCCGGGCCGGCUUCAAGCGUGCCUUCCGCUGGUGCCCGUUCAUCCAGGUGUCCAGCGAUGAUGAGCUUGAGCUGAGGGUCACGCGCCUCCACCCGACACGCCAGAGCAGCAUGUACACGCUGUCCCGCAUGGACACCACUGUGGUAGUUGUCUAUGACCCAGUGGAUGGAGCAGCAGGCAGCCACAGCCAGGCCUGGAAGAAGAGCUAUGCCGAUGCCAGAGUGGAAAACGGGCUGGGUAGCAAUGCGAACGGGGCCAGGGCUAAGGCAGGCAUCGCCCCAAGCGCUGAGGCUGAGGACUUCUCAUAGAAGGACACAGGGAACCAAAUACACAGAGAUAUGUUCACACACAGGCAUGUAUAGAGUAGUAUCGUGUAUAUAGCCUGCAUUCAACAUUAAGAGACAGUAAAACAACACAAACAAACAUAGAACACAUACUCCCAUGGUCAACACUAACACUACACACACACUUUCACAGCAGUUAAGAGGUCUCUUAGGAGGUUGUGAAGGGCAUAAAACAUUACUGGCUGAUUUGUCUCUGUAUGAACUUUUCUCACUGAAUGAUCAUUUCUCAUCUUGCAUCCAUACACAGACAACUGCAGAAGGCUUACGUUUAGAAAGUAAUGGAUUGGCCUCCUAUAUACCCCUGUAUAAAAACACACAUUUUAUUAGUGAACGUUCCUUGCUUUGGUCUUCUGCCAACAGAGCUAUGAAAAGGACAUUGGGAUUUUGCUGGUAGACAGCUUUCUGUGUUAGUUUACGGGUCACGUGCACGUAUAAUGUGACACAUUCUUAUUCGUUUCAGGUUUACAGAUGGCAUAUCUUAAUUCGAUCCAGUUCGCAAUUGUGGCAAUAGGACGUGAAUGUUUAUGUGGAAUACAAAUAGUUUUUUUUUUUCUUUCAUCAGAGCAAAUCCAGUCAGAUGUUGUGAAGUUAAAAGACUUUUAAACCUAAAGUAUAUCACUAUCUAGCAUUUCUUAUUGUGCAGGAAAGUGUACUCCCUGUAACAGGAUGAUAAUUGUAAAAUACAGGAUCGAUAUUAGAUGUUAAAAUAUAUUUUAAAGGCUACAAUCUGCCCACACUUGAUGUUGCUCCACAUGGGUUUGGGUAAACUUGUAACUUGUAUACAGUACAUUUAGUUGCUGCAAUUUUGAAGCAUUGAGUUUUAGCUGGUCUUAUACAACAUGCUGUGGGUCCCAAGUAUAAAAAAACGAAAAAGAUAUGGACACUUCAUAUUGCAUACAGGUCUUUUAAAGCCCUACAUACAUGCUGCAAGGUAUUUUAGUUAUGCCAUGUAAUGAAUGGCCAACCAUCCAUCCAUCCUGUCAUUAUGCCCUAGUUGUCACCUCAACAACGACCUUAGCGAUUUCCAAUGGAAAACACUGUUGAUUGAACUUGUCGGUCAAAAAUAGCUUUGUUAAUUAGGUUUUGGUGGCAUGCCAAGAGUGCAGUAUGUCUGGCGCCCCACAGAAGUGCAGUUUGAUUACCAAAUGGUCUCUCACGUGGCCCAUUUUUCUUUUUCCCUAAAGUCGUGUGCUUGUUCUCGCAGAUCCGGAAUUACUGAAAUGUUACUGAAAAGAGUAAUGUUAGGGUCAAAUGAAGUGUUUGGGUUUGGUGAAAAUAGGGUUUUUAAUGUAAAUACGUUGUUACUAAUGAAAAUUAAACCAGUAGCAGUGCACUACUAGGUUGCAAGUGUGUGAAUGCGUGCACAUUCCUCUGUUGGCUCACCAAAGCAGCAUCAUUGAUCUGAAUCCAGAAUUUGAAUGUUACUGCUGAUUUAUUGUAGGUUUGCACGCUUUUCUAUGUUUGGUGGUUCUGUGGCCGGGGUUUAAGUAGGUAGCCUUGAAAUAAGAAAACAAAAGCAUGAAAAGCAUGAAAAAUCUAUGGAAUGGAUAUGAGAGAUAAAAUGUGCUACUACGUUAUUUUUUUUGGCAUUCCCUUUACAACUGACAAGUGCGUUGCCUCUGCACAGUGCUACAAAAAGUAUAGUACUGUCACUGAACAAAAUUGCCACAGGGCAGUGUUUAUACAGUCAGAUUGUUGAAGUGUGUGUGUGUGUGUGUGUGUGUGAGUGAGGGUGUGUGUGUGUGAAAGUGAGGGAGGGAGAGAGUGUGCGUGUGUGUGUGUGUUUAUAUGAUCAUAUUGUUUAAAAUGUAGAUGACAGGGAAUCCAUUUAGGUAAUCAACUUGACUGUUUCCAUUCUAGAGGGUUGGGAUCUUUUUCGACUGUAAGCAAGGGGAGGUAUCCCCUUACUCAUCCCCUUCCUGGGGUGUUUGUGUGUGUACAGAUUUUCCCAAAAUGUAACAUUUUCUUCGUUCUCUUUUAGAUUAAAACAAAGAAAUUGUAACAUUGUGGGGUAUAGGUUCAGAGUAGAUGUUACAAUUGGGGUUGGUUAGAUCUAUAGGGUUAGUUUUUUUAGGUAAUUUAUUUUGUUGAGAAUGAAGAUAAUGUUGUCUUAUACCAUAAG